AGAAGAAGUGGUGACUUGUGGGAUGCGAAGUAGCCGGCGGCAAGAGACACGGAGGGGGGAGAGACACUGACCCACGGAAACACAACAGACACCGGAGCGGGAGACGCAGACGGGGGGAGUGAUUAAAAUAGCCGGUGUUGCCGUUAAUUUCGAGCCUGACUUCCAGGUUUGCGCGCACACACGGCGGAUACUGAGCGGAAGAAAAAGUUCAGAUCCCACGAAUCAGCGCGUGGGAGUGGGAAGCAGGAUCGUGACUGACUGAGGCAAGCUCCACUGUCUGUCUCGUCAUGGCAGGACCUGGAGGUGACAUGCAGUGGUGCUUCUCUCAGGUGAAAGGAGCCAUUGAUGAUGACGUAGCUGAAGCGGAUAUUAUAUCCACAGUUGAGUUUAACCACACAGGGAAGCUGCUGGCCACAGGAGACAAGGGUGGGCGUGUAGUCAUUUUCCAGCAGGAAAUAGAGAAUAAGAAUCAGCCUCAGUUCCGGAGCGAGUACAAUGUUUACAGCACUUUCCAGAGCCAUGAGCCUGAGUUCGACUACUUGAAGAGUUUGGAAAUAGAAGAGAAGAUCAACAAGAUUCGCUGGCUUCCUCAGAAGAAUGCUGCUCAGUUCCUGUUGUCAACUAAUGAUAAAACGAUUAAAUUGUGGAAGAUCAGUGAACGAGACAAGAGACCAGAAGGAUAUAAUCUCAAAGAGGAGGAUGGAUGCUACAAAGAUCCCAACACUAUCACGUCACUGCGGGUACCAGUUUUAAUACCUAUGGACCUCAUGGUGGAAGCCAGUCCACGGAGGGUGUUCGCCAAUGCUCACACCUACCAUAUCAACUCUAUCUCAGUCAACAGUGACAAUGAGACCUACCUGUCUGCAGACGACCUGCGCAUCAACCUGUGGCACCUCGAGAUCACUGACCGCAGCUUCAACAUUGUUGACAUUAAACCGGCCAACAUGGAGGAGCUAACGGAGGUGAUCACGGCAGCAGAGUUCCACCCUCACCAGUGUAACACCUUCGUCUACAGCAGCAGCAAAGGAACCAUCCGUCUGUGUGACAUGAGGGCUUCAGCGCUAUGUGACAAGCACUCAAAGUUGUUUGAGGAGCCAGAAGAUCCAAGUAAUCGCUCCUUCUUCUCUGAGAUCAUAUCCUCGAUCUCGGAUGUUAAGUUUAGCCACAAUGGACGCUACAUGAUGACCAGAGAUUACUUGUCUGUGAAGAUUUGGGACCUGAACAUGGAAAACAGGCCAGUGGAAACUUAUCAGGUUCACGAGUACCUGAGGAGCAAGCUGUGCUCGCUCUACGAGAAUGACUGCAUCUUUGACAAGUUUGAAUGCUGCUGGAAUGGCAAUGACAGUGUGGUGAUGACUGGCUCAUACAACAACUUCUUCCGGAUGUUCGACCGCGGCCAAAGGCGGGACGUAACACUGGAAGCGUCCCGUGAAAACAGCAAACCCAUGCAGGUCCUAAAGCCCCGCAAGGUGUGCGCCGGCGGCAAACGCAAGAAGGACGAAAUCAGCGUGGAUAGUUUGGACUUCAACAAGAAGAUCCUUCACACUGCCUGGCACCCCCAGGACAACAUCAUCGCAGUGGCGACGACCAACAACCUCUACAUAUUCCAGGAUAAAGUAAACUAACAUGCAGGGUGAGCGUGUGUGAGAAACGUCCACCUGCAGCCUCACAGCCUUCAUCCAAGGUGAUCUGUGGUAACGCCGACAACCAGCAUCCCUGUCCGUCGCUACUGGGUGACCAGACUUUGUCACUUUGUUGUAGAUGUGGACAGAGGAAGCCUCGCUCUCGCCCAUCAUCAGUUUGUCUGCGGCAGAGUGACACCUGCCUUGUUGUUAAAGUGAUGUUGUGCCAAUUUUUUUUCCUUUUUUUUUUGCCAGCCCACCUGCUGCCCUUUUCUUUUCUAAUGUGGGUAAACCAGUUUAAUUUCCUUAAAAUCCUGAGUACAGACACACUUAUUUUUAUAACUUUUUUUCCUCCUCAAAUGGCUCUGUGGUAGAAAAAAAAACACUUAUUAGUAUGUCCCCUUAUUAUCUUGUGCCAUUGUAGUGUUUAUUUUUCUAAGAAAAAUUUGCCCUUUUUUGUGUGUGUUCACACCUUUUAUUGAUUCAUCUGUUAUACUGUCUGCUUUUUGAGUCUCUUCACGUCUCCUGUGUUUCAUUCAACGCUGCGUACUCCACAUUCACUCAAGUAUGCUCACACUUCCCGUCACACACUCGCUGCUCGUACCGGACAGCAGCAGCUCAGCGGUUCCCUCCAGGAUGUUGAGAGGUACAGUGUGCUUUCACAGGUUCGGUCCAGUGAGGUGUUGUCCUGCUCGCUGUGCCUCAGGCUCUGGGUGGCCAAACGGGCCCAGACUCCAGAAGAGAUUUUUUUUUUUUUUUUUUUUUUUUGAGAUUGGCUCUGUGUCUUGGCAUCUUCGUGCAUUGGUUCCUCCUUUUUUUUUUUUUUGUUAAACAAUAGUCAGGUAUAAGAGAUAGCCUAUUCAAAGAUAAUUAUUAUGAUUGUCAUAUUUAUAUUAAAAAGUUAAAAACGUCACCAGAUUUGUUCCGUCCUAUUUUGUGAAAUGAAGCUGGACCUUUAAACAUAUCUUUUUUUUUGAGUGAUUUUAAGUAUUGUCUUCCCACAGUGUACCACAUCUCUGAAGCAGUACUUCACAACAGGGAAAACCUAUGAUUUGACACUGGACUCUUUUUGCUGCACCAACUAAAGUACUUGGAUGUCUGUGUUGUAAGACUGCAAUUUAAAAAGAAAACAUUUGAGGCAUUAAGUCACUUAACGUGUCCGUUUGAACUACUGCAGACGUGACCGCUACUGUAUGUGAUGGUACAAUAAGCCGCACAAAAGAUCUGCAGCACUCGAUGUCACCACACCAUAUUUAAAAAUGUGGACAGUUCAGAUUAUAUCGAUGCCUCUAGUAAUGUAUAACUACAAUUUUAAUCUAUUACAGUGGAGAAAAAAAAAUAAAGGAACUACUUUUUGCA